AAGACAUUAUGGGCUUAGGAAAGAGAGAGAGGUAGUAGUAGAAAUCAACGUUAAUCUUAAACAGCGUCGUUAAAUCUACUAUGUAUGCACCAAAAUCAAUGGCACGAAGGGGGGGCCAUUUGGGCAAUUAUUGUCUUCUCGUAAAAAUUCUACACGUCUUGGAACGAAGACGACGAAACCUAAGCCUCUCUCUGUGCCGCUAACCGCCAUGUUUUCAGAGAUGUUCUGCACCAAAAACAAUACGCAUGUUAAUCCUCUCUCUCAAUUCUCAACCAUUUUGUUUCUCCCUACCUACUCUAUAAAAAGAGUACCUCCUUCACCACCCAUGAGAAUAAGAGCACUGUCUGGUGUAGUAUACUAAUAAUCAAAUAAAAAACAACCCUUUAAUUGCCUCCUCCUACUAUAAUACUACUACCCAAACCCCCAUUACCAUUGAUUUAAUAGAGAGAAACAAGUUAAGAUGGAGGAGAGUGGAAAUGAAGAGUUGGAGAUGGGAGGGUCUAAUGGUGUUGCAGCCAGUUCACGGUGGAACCCUACAAAAGAGCAAAUAACCAUGCUAGAGAACCUGUAUAAGCAGGGAAUAAAGACUCCCAGUGCUGAGGAGAUACAGCAGAUAACUGCUAGGCUUAGGGCGUAUGGUCACAUCGAAGGAAAGAAUGUCUUCUACUGGUUUCAGAAUCACAAAGCUAGGCAGCGACAGAAGCAGAAGCAAGACACCAUCGCUUACUUCAAUCGCUUUCUUCAUACUCCUCAGCCCUUUUUUUCUCCGCCAAUUUGCCCAAACGGCCUGUGUCCUCCGUAUUGCAUACCUCAGGUGCAGAGUGAAAAUGGGUUUUAUCCCCCACAUCCAAAGGUGCUUGUACCAGUAGGUUUUAGGAGAAGACCAUCUGAGAUAUUUGUGCCCACAGACAUGUCAAACGUUAUCAGCAACGGUCCACUGUUAUACGAAGGAAUGCAACAGAGAAUCUCGGAUUGCAACUUGAGCUACAGUAACCAAGAAACGUUGGAUCUUUUUCCUCUGCACCCAACUGGUAUUUUGGAAGGGAAAACAACAUACCAGGUGUCUUCUCUGGCUUCAGUUUCUGCUGAUAGUUCCACUGAUAUCAAUGAAAAUGAUCCUUCCCCUCUUAACAAACCCUUCUUUGAUUUUUUUACUACUUCUGGACAAGGUUCUUAGAGACUUGUUCUAUGUCAUUAGCUUAAACUUCUAACAUGCAACUUUGAAUUCCCAUGGCUCAUCACUGAAAUGUGUUUAUUAUGUGCCUUUCAGUUCAUUGUAAUGAG